AUAAAAAUUCUCGGUUUUCUGUUAACCAUGUCAAACCAUAAGUUAACCCGGUUAUCCCUCUUCUUCCUCCUCUCUAAUCGUAGUUGCUCCGGAUCAUACCCAAAAACCAUGAUUGAUUCGAAAACCCACCACCGGAAUUGAUUGAAGAGACGCCGUCUUUGAUCAGAUUGAUCGGUGAAGAUGAUGAGAUUUUAAAGGCUCAGUUUAAUGAGUGUAAUCAUAUCUUAGAUUUUUUUUUGUAUCAGAUGAUCGUUCCGAGAAUCAAAGAAGAACUCGAGGAAGAAGAAGACGAAGAAAACAGAGUAAACGACAAUGGAGGAAACAGAGCAAUCAGGUUUCUGAGAGAGAUUAAGCAUCAAUUCAAAAGGUUUUUUGCGUCUCAAACUGCAGAUCUAAUCUUGAGAUUCCGGUGGAGAAUCAUAUGCAAAUCUUCCUGGCUUAAUGGCUCUGAAACUUUCAGCUGAUUAUCUCUUCACAAGACAAGAACACGAGGCAGCAACAACAACAACAUCGGUUUCAGAUCCGGAUAUCGAAAAGCCUCCUCUUGUAGAAGAGCUUGCAAUCCCAUCAGUCUCAGAUCUCCACAAAGCCGGAGUUAGAUUCAAAGCAACAACGAACGGUAACGUUUCAACAGUUUCAUUCGAUUCAAACUCGGAUUCUUGUGUUUUUGGCUGCGGUUUUGUUGAUGGCGAUGUCGGCGUUGAAAUCUUCGUAGAAGAAAGCAGAUUUGUGAGAGAUGGAGAGAGAUGAGACCGAUGGUUUGAUGAUGUAUGGGUGAAAGUACUCAGCUUGGUCGCCGUUUUUGAGAGUGAAGUUUUGGAAGAAGGAGUUCGUAGGGAGAGGAGAUGAGAGGAGAUCAGGAAGAGAGAAACAAAUUGUUUCUUGGGGCGGUGGAGAUGAAUAAGAGGAGGAGCGACAACAAUUAGAGAGAGGAGAAAGAAGAAGAUAGAUAACCGGGUUAACUUCUGGUUUGAUAUGGUUAAUAGUAAACCA